AUGGAGACGGUGCUGAUCCUCUGCAGCCUGCUGGCCCCUGCAGUCCUGGCUAGUGCAGCUGAGAAGGAGAAAGAAAAGGAUCCGUUCUAUUAUGACUACCAGACCCUGAGGAUUGGGGGAUUGGUGUUCGCUGUGGUCCUCUUCUCUGUUGGGAUACUACUCAUCCUAAGUCGCAGGUGCAAGUGCAGUUUCAAUCAGAAGCCCAGGGCUCCAGGAGAUGAAGAGGCCCAGGUGGAGAACCUCAUCACUACAAAUGCUGCAGAGCCCCAGAAGGCAGAGAACUGA